AUGCCAACGGAUCAGUUGGAUUGUAGUUAUCCUGGGGAAAGCGAUGGCGAAGAUGCUAAGGGAUCAGUCAGCGCAGAAACAUCUUCAUUUUCGCUGGAUAUAACUGCCAGAGGACGACCAUUGAUCAUUUUCAAAGGAUACGAACAUCGUCAAGUUCGAGUCGAUCGAGCGCGUAAUUUAAAGGCUUAUCGAUGCAUCAAAAAGAAAUGUAAAGGACGUCUGCACACAGAUUAUAAUGAUACGAACGUGAGAAUCGUUAGCGAACACGUUCAUGAACCAAAUUUUGACGCCGAAUUUAAGCGACGAAGACGUACGCUACUUCGAGAAUUGGCUCAAAAGGGUAAUGUUUCACCAUCUCAAAUAAUCCAGAAAGCUCGGGAUCUCGAAAUGCAAUACCAUGAUAUUUGUGAAGCUACAAAAACGAGUUAUGCUGCUGAAAGACGAUACAUUCAGCGUUACUGGAAUCGGCAGAAGCAGCAAGAAUUUUCCAGCGGAAACGAAUUAUUGCCAACAAAACAUCAGAUAAACGAUUGUAGCAGUCAUUUAAAAGUAGAACAAGAAGAGGAAGAAGAUGGCAGAGGUGUUGCAGAGGAAUCUGUUGACGGGCCACCUUUGUUUCCAGGCGAUUCUAUUCAGAUAUCCGAACAGUUCAAUCAGUUUUUACAAAUGACCACCAAUGGUUCAGCUAAUGGCAGUAGUGCUUCAGCUAUGAAUGUUUAUUUAAACUUAUUACUGCAACAAAUGCUUUCAAAUGUAGUCGGAAAUAGCUCUACCAACAACCUAAAGGAAACAGAUGAUUACUCUUCAUCAAAUUCCUCACAUCAGGAUCAGUUUUCAUCGUUGAACAUAAAACAGACAUCGGUUGAUGUAGGAAUUCAGACGACUAGCGAUGAAUCCGGAAUUCGUGCACCUGUUCAUGAUGCAGCGGUACGUGACACAUUAGCUUUAGAGCUGGGAACCAUUUUGGCAAAGAAAUUCUGGCCUCAGCAUUAUUUGCGCGAAGAUAAACUGAAACUUAUGGUUGAUGUUAUUGGUAAACUGCUCGGGUGCUGCUAA